AGAGGUAAACUACCAGAUCUUUUGACUGAAUAUCCUUACUUGUGGAGUACUAAAUAACUGCAUAAUUAUAAAAUUUAACAUGAUAAGAGAUACAUAGUAAAUUGUGCCUUUAGGAUCUUGUUGCAAAUGCUGUUACACCUUUGCAUUAUUUUAUGGCAUUAAGAAUCUGAGAGGCAUCCUGACACUUCUGUUCUUGCGUGACUUAUUGUUGGUCAUCCAAGUUGAUGAGGUCAUAUAUAUGUUUAUGGGGUUUGACAUGCUAAACACAACUUCAGCUUGCCGAAGCUAAUGGUAGUUCAUAACAUACAUGGUAGUCAAUGCAAGUGUAAUCUGAAAACAACAGUUUUGGGCGCUGCUGGUCAUAAGCUGCAACUCUCUGUGGGUACCAUGUUAUUACUCAUUAGUUGAGUGUUUUUUGCAGUUCUGUCUGCCACACCACAUAUGAGCAGGGUUUUUAAGGAAGUGUCCAAGCCUGAUAUAGGAUUAACAUUGAUUGAUUGGUUAAGGGAUUUGCCUUUAAAGUUAGGCAAUCUCAUAUGUGUAGGUAAUUAUCAAUGAUCCAAUAUCUUGAGGAAUAAGGCUUGUACUAUGUGCACUUCGUCCCUAAAGUCCAGUUUGCAUCAUAAUGCUGUUUGUUAUUCAUCUUUACCCUUUAUUGCCUUCUCAUGUCACCUGCCUCAUUGUUGGUCACACAUCACCCUUGGGAGACAAGCACUUACUUAGCUAGCUCAAAUAAGAGGCGUUAGGAGACGUAUAAAAGUUCUGCAAGAGGAGAUUUUCAAGUCAUUGCUAUCGUUGUUAAUGUUAUCCCUCCUUCCCAAUAUGAGGGUCUUUCCUUUUUGAGAUGGCUCAUAUAUGUCCUCUUUUCAGAUUAGGAUUAGAAUACACUCCCUAGUAAUUCAUUUGGCGGUGAAAUUUGACGAAGAAAAUGGCUGGUGUAAGUGGAGAAUCUUGAAAGUUUAACCCACUGUUUGAUAAUAGAGGCAAAAUAGGUAAAGUAGCUGAUGAUUUUUUUUACCAGUUACAGUGACGGAAAAAGUUGUUUUUCAGAAUUAUCUUUGUAGACUCCACCUUUUGUACCAACAUGAUCACUCUGUUACACUGCUAUUUAAUUGACUGACAGACUUAGUCAGUAGGGUUAGCUGUGUUUGACCUAAGUACAAAGGUUCCAAGUGAAACAUGUGAAAGUAAGAUCAUCGUCUUUCAUCUUCUUUUGAAACCCUUACUACCACCUUUGGACCACAAAAGAUUACUACCACCAAUUUGGGAGAACCAGCCUAUUUGGUGUUCCUCUAAUAAUGUUCAAUAGAUAUUUAAGAUAUAUUUUUAUUUGUUUGCUAAUGUAGACAUAUAAGAAUGAGUAAUUUGCUCACUCUCCAUCAAACUAUAUAAACAUGACUCGGCUAACUUUCACAUUGUCUUGUACAUUCACAUCAUUCUUUGAUAUGAUUAAUUGGAUCAAACCCUUUUCUGUGUAUCAGAAUUGCCCAUAAGCUCUGUCCAAUUCAAAUCUUUCUCAAACUUUUGUUCUUCUUCCUCAUAAACCUUGGGAACAGGGGGGCGGGUUCUAUUGUGCUUAUUUCUCUAGAAGUUUUUUGACUAUAGUCUAAUUUGAUCACCAUUGAUAAUUUAAUCAUCUUUUGCCACCAUCGUGUUUAUAGUUCUACUACCACUAACUCAUAUACUGUUGAGAUGUAAUGUUUGAUUAAUAAUUUGGAUUCACUUAUGAUUUGGGUCAAUUGCCACGAGUGCAAGCCAAGACCCUCCGAUUUUAGCAAGGAAUAACUCUCUGUUGUUGACUCAUCAGAAAAAGGUUAUUUUUUAGGAUGACCUGCAAAUAAUACCAUGGUAUUAAAAAAGUUAUGGAUGGUGGUGAUAAAGAUGUCAGUGUAGAAGAUGAAAGGUUGGAUGGAAAAUGUUUUUAUUUAUUGUUCUAUUCAGAACCGUCAUGCUUAUGUGAGAUAUAACCUAGUCCCUAUUGCUCACUCUGUUAGUCAAUAGCGACUUUAUCUCUUAGCUGGCAGGGUGACUGCAUUGAUAUGAUCGUGGUAAGUCUACUUAUAUCAUUGAUCAAUUAAUCCAGCUAAAAACCCUUGAAAGUUCAGUGAAUCCUUUGCCUUUAGUAGAAGGAAGUAUCUAGAAAAUAGUUUAUGGGUUCAAUAUAUUUUGCUUGGUCAUAUCAUUUUGUUAAUUUAUUGUGUCAGGUCAAAUGAGAGCACAUAACUUUCAACCAAGGAUUGUUAUUAGGGAAUUAUCUCAAUAUUGCUUAUGAUAACUGAAAUGUGAUUGUGUUUGGAAAGGGUUUUUACUCUCAUUAUUGUAUUUGAAUCCAAGAUUAGUUAGGUGAUUAGUAUCUUUGAAAUACUUAGGGAGGUAUUAACUGCCAGAUGUAUUAUCAAUGUCAUUAGAUGCUCUAAUCACCAAGUAUACCCAACAUACAUACAUUUAAAGUAUAUGGGCUAUCCUAAUUUGUAGGAUCUCAUGUGAUGAGUGGUGUUUCUGGAAGUGAAUCACCAGAAACAAUCCUCUCAUCCAGUGGGCCCUGCCUUGGGUGUGGUUAUAGGUCUCCCAGAUGCUAUUGAUUGGUAUUUUGCAGAUGCUGUUUGAUACGAAUGAGAAUAAUCUUAGUCUUGGCCCAACUAGUGUGUUUAAGCCCAAUGUGUGGAAAGUGUAUUCCAGGAGGCCCAAGGCCCAUUAAGGAGUUUGUUUCGUUUAUCGGUUUUAAAUAAGCAGUGCCUUCCUCCAUGAGGGGCAUGCAGAAAAAAAUAACCGUUUUCAUUUCUUAGGCUCUAAGUUGUUAGAGAAGGGAGUCUCCCCUGGAAUCCUUUGAGAACAGUAAGUAGCCUUAUUCCUUUUCCCUGUAUUUUCCUUUUCCUUGAAUACAAUCAAUUAGCCAGUUUCCCCUAAUCCGUUGAUUUCGUAUCAUUGGUCCGACCUGUCGGAUUUCCAAUGGAGACACGUUUUCAAACCCGAAUGGAGAACCAUGAGAGCCAGAUUCAUCAGUUACAGACAGAUGUUCAGGAAAUAAAAAAUUCGUUGAAGGCAAUGGAGAUAGAUCAGGACGAAGAGAAGGAAUUCCGAGCUUACAUGAUGGUGUGGGUGAAGAACCAAUCAGGCAAGAAUCCAGAAGGAGGGAAUUCGUCGGGAUCUGGGCAAACUCCUCCUCCCUUCACACCUCCCUUCAAUGUUAGUUCCGAGACCGAUCGAGCUAAUCCGGUUCAAUAUUGCGCGGCUAAGAAGGUGAAGCUACCAGAAUUUGGAGGAUACGAUCCUCGUGGAUGGAUAUCGAAGGCUGAAUUAUACUUCGAGAUCCAUGGGACUGCUCCCGAAUUACGUAUCCGGUUGGCUCAAUUGAGUAUGACGGGGGUAGCUCAACAUUGGUUCACGGUGGUGAGGAACAUUCACGAUAAYCUAAGUUGGGAACAAUUUACGCGCGAAUUGCUGCAACGAUUUGGAGGUCUCGAAAUACAAAAUCCGUAUGAACAGUUAGCAACCAUUAAACAGGUUGAUUCAGUGCAUGAUUUCAUUGACGAUUUUGAAUAUUUGCUAUCUCUGAUUCCUAGUCUACCUGAAUCGCAAGCUCUGGGUUACUUUUUAGCAGGAUUGCGUCCUGAAAUUAAGCAAUGGGUGAGGCUCCAGCGUCCUCAAACUCGGCUUGAUGCGAUGUACAUAGCGAGGGAAGUGGAGCAAAUGCUAAAUCCUUCAGACCUUACACGACUUAAUUUGAGAUAUCGAUACCAGACUCAGCGUCCCGAUUCGACUUCUGUUGGUCCAUCAAUAGGCCCAAUGGGCUCAAACAUAUCGAAGGCCCAAUCUGGUAUUCCUAAUUUUGAACGACGUACGUUCAAUAGAGGAGAUUCGAUGGCUAGGGCAUCAUCAAUUGCAUCGGUGGUCAGCCCUCAGCGCACGGAGGCUGUUCAACCAUCGGGUAAUCGAAAUCGUGGGGUCAGAACGUUGUCACGGACAGAAUGGGAGGAUCGUCGCCGCAAGGGGUUGUGCUUCAAAUGUGGACAACAAUUCGGUCCUAGUCACAAAUGCCGGGAAGUUAACCUUCGGGUGUUACUUUUAGCUGAUGAUGAGGAAAACGAGAAGAAUGGAGAACACAAUCAGUUGAAUUCACCAGAGGAGGUUGUUAACGAAGGAGAAUUCGAAACGGGGGAAUGCUCGAUUAUGGAGUUUUGGGGUGCAAGUGUUGUGGUGAAACCCAAAUUACAAACGGUUAAGAUCGAAGGAUUUUUACGUGGAAUUCCGAUAGUCAUACUAGUCGACAGUGGGGCAACCCACAAUUUUAUCUCCAGAAAACUUACAGACGCUCUAGAUUUAGCGGUACAGAAGUUUACGGGGCUGCGAGUUAAACUUGGCGAUGAACACAAGGUUUUGGUGACUCAACGGUGUGAAGGUCUUCCAAUUGUKCUGGGGMAUUGCGAGUUCGAGGUCRACGCCSUGUUGUUCGAAAUGGGUGACCUAGAUAUGGUGUUAGGGAUYGAUUGGCUACAAACCUUGGGAGAUGUCGUCCAUAAUUGGGAGGCUCACACGAUGCKGUUCAUGUAUAAGGGUAAAGAGGUCUGUUUAUCAGGUACAUCGUUGCAUUCUCGAGCWCGGGCUUCGUUACACAGCUGGUUAACGGAAGCUCAUCCCUCAUUGUGCUUAACUGAAGGASAGCAGYUGGYAGAMAUGGAGCCAACCUUGUUGUCACAACAGUCACAAGAACUGUUGAAAUUUUUUGAUAAGUUUGCUCCGGUGUUUGAGGAACUGUCGGGGUUACCACCGGUUCGGUCUCGAGAUCACGCUAUCAAUCUCGUUCCAAAUCACGGGCCUGUAUGUGUUCGGCCGUAUCGAUAUCCGCAUGCUCAUAAGGCCGAAAUUGAAUGCCAGGUUCAGGAGAUGCUGACUUUGGGGGUUAUUCGACCAAGCAACAGUUCGUUUUCCAGCCCUGUAAUCUUGGUACGGAAGAAGGACCAGACUUGGCGUAUGUGUGUCGAUUACCGAGCUUUGAACAAAGCCACUAUUUCGGAUAAACAUCCGAUUCCAAUAGUAGAUGAAUUAAUCGACGAGCUCCGAGGUACCAAGUUUUUCUCCAAACUGGAUCUCAAWUCCGGUUACAAUCAGAUUCGGAUGCGGCCCGAUAGUGUGGAGAAAACAGCGUUUCAGACGCAUGAUGGCCAUUAYGAGUACCUCGUAAUGCCUUUCGGGCUCACUAACGCCCCCGCAACCUUUCAAGCAAUUAUGAACGACAUUUUCCGACCUCAUCUACGUAAGUGUAUCGUCGUGUUYUUUGACRAUAUCUUAGURUAUAGCCCAUCAUGGGAACAACACUUGUUAGACUUGGCUUUGACRUUGACAACGUUGGUUUCYCMCCGCUUUGUGGUYAAUCWAAAGAAGUGCUCGUUUGGACAGAAAUCAGUCGAAUAUUUGGGACACAUCAUUGAUGGAGACGGUGUGUCAAUGGAUCCCAAAAAGGUGCAAGCGGUGAGAGAUUGGCCGGUUCCUAAACAAGUAAAAGGCGUACGCGGAUUUUUGGGGUUAACGGGUUACUAUCGGAAAUUCGUUCGCAAUUAUGGCGCUAUUGCCAAACCUCUUACGGAGUUGACAAAGCGGSACAAUUUUCAUUGGGAUGAACAUACUCAACGGUCGUUUGACAGCCUAAAACACGCCGUCACUUCAGCCCCUGUCCUCGCGCUUCCUGACUUCUCGGUUCCUUUUGUGGUGGAAUGUGACGCCUCCGGGUGUGGAAUCGGGGCUGUUUUGAUGCAACACCGCCGCCCAAUUGCUUUUUUUAGCAAGGCUUUAACAGAUCGAAAUCUGUCAAAAUCCGCGUACGAACGCGAAAUCAUGGCGCUAGCUUUGGCGGUUCAACAUUGGAGGARCUAUCUUUUGGGCACAACUUUUACGGUCUAUACCGAUCAUAAAAGUUUGAAACAUCUCUUACAGCAACGUAUUACUACUCCGGAUCAACAAAAUUGGGUUGCCAAAUUACUUGGGUAUCACUUUGAUAUCUGUUAUAAGGCGGGACGAGAGAACCGGGCAGCUGAUGCUCUGUCCAGGCGGGAUGAUUACGGCGAAUUGUUGACUUCCAUAGUGACCAGUGUGGGUCCAAGGAGCACAACUGUUGGAGGAAGCAAAAUCUGACCCGGACCUUCAUAAAUUGAUACAUUCAUGCCAACGGCAACCGGGAGCAAUUCCCGGUUACGAAGUGCGUUCGGGAAUUCUCUAUUAUAAAGGUCGUUUGGUUAUCCCUCGGAAUUCCAAGUGGAUUCCGGAAUUAUUAGCGGAAUUUCACAAAUCUGCCACCGGCGGUCACUCCGGGUAUUAUCACUUAUCGUCGACUAGCUGCCAAUUUAUAUUGGCCCGGUAUGAGCUCGGCAGUCCAAUGUUUUGUUCAAGCGUGUGACAUUUGUCAACGUUGUAAAACCAGCUCCCUUACUCCAGCGGGUCUAUUACAACCGUUAGCCAUUCCGGAGGCGAUUUGGGAACAUUUGUCCAUGGAUUUUAUCUUGGGAUUGCCUAAGUCAAAGGGAUUUGAUGCUCUGUUAGUUGUGGUGGACAGGCUUUCAAAAUACAGGCACUUCGUUUUGUUAAAACACCCUUAUACCGUGCGACAUGUAGCGGACAUUUUUGUCAAAGAAAUUGUUCGCUUACACGGUAUUCCAAAGUCAAUUGUUAGUGAUCGUGAUCCCAUCUUUAUGAGUCAUUUUUGGCAGGAACUAUUCCGUUUGCAAGAUACUCGUUUGCACAUGAGUUCUUCUUACCAUCCGGAGUCCGAUGGGCAAACCGAGGUGGUUAACCGCUGUUUGGAGUCGUAUUUACGAUGCUUUGCGGUGGAUCAACCACGCUCGUGGUCAUUAUGGAUACCGUGGGCAGAAUUUUGGUACAACACGACAUUUCAUGAUUCUACGGGGGUCUCACCUUUCGAGGUUGUUUACGGUCGUAAACCGCCUAACGUAUGCCAGUUUAUUCCGGGUGAGGUACGUGUCGAGGAUGUCCUGUUAGAUUUGAAGGAUCGUGAUGAGGCCUUAAAGCAAUUAAGGGCUCAUUUGUUACGCGCUCAAUCAUGGAUGAAAGCCCAGGCUGAUAAGAAACGCCGUGAGGUGGAGUUCCAGGUUGGGGAGUUGGUUUAUGUGAAGCUUCGUCCUUAUCGCCAAUUAUCGGURGYAAGCCGUAUCAAUCAGAAAUUGUCGGCGAGAUUUUUUGGGCCAUUUGAAAUUGUGGAACGUAUUGGCCCAGUVGCCUAUCGGUUGAAAUUACCAGCAUCAUCCAAGGUGCACCCGGUUUUCCACGUCUCUCUGUUGAAGAAGGCUGUCCCAGGGGUCCUCGGUAACGUCUCAUUACCGGUUGAAUUGGAGUUGGACGCAGUCGAUCAGUGUUUUCCAGAAUCUGUUCGUGCGACCCGAACCAUGGUUCGGGAUGGAGAAGUCGUCCAGCAGUGGCUUAUCAAGUGGCAACACCGUCCAGAUGAAGAAGCGACAUGGGAAGAUGUUUUGGUGAUUCAGCAGCAGUUUCCGGAUGUUGGUCUUGAGGACAAGACCGUUGUUGAAGGGGUGACCAAUGAUACGAAUGAGAAUAAUCUUAGUCUUGGCCCAACUAGUGUGUUUAAGCCCAAU